AAGUGAGGCCAUUUUUUUGGCAGAAAAUAUGAAAAUGAAAUUGGUGCAGAUUUUGUGACAAUACAAAGAGUUUGGUGCAAUUCUUUAAAGAAAACGCAUUUUGAUGGCCUAAUUUCUAAACUAAAUUUCUUCCCCCAUUCUCUACUCUCACCUUUAAAAUCUUCGCCAAUUACUACAUUCCGAUUCAGCAGAAGAAGAAUCAAUCAAUGGCGUCCUGCCCUUCGCUCAUUCUUCCGCGCUCACUCUUCCCGCCUCAAGAUUUUCGCUGUUUUUCUCCGGUCAAAACACCUUGGAUAAGAAGAGGAAGUAGAAGAGCCGAAAGAGGUGACCCCAUAAUUAUGACUGUCGCCGCCGCCAAUGCUGAUGCCGGCGAUGUUAAACCGGCCAAGUUGGUUACUUUCCUGGGUAAAGGCGGUUCCGGUAAAACUACCGCCGCCGUUUUUGCAGCUCUGCAUUAUGCUACAUUAGGGCUGAAAACAUGUCUGGUGAUACAAUCUCAAGAUCCCACAGCUGAAUAUCUUCUCAAUUGUAAAAUUGGAUCAUCAUCACCUGUCCAAUGCAAUGAAAAUUUGUCUGCUGUUAGACUCGAAACCACCAAGAUGAUUCUCGAGCCCCUCAAGAAGCUCAAGCAAGCUGAUGCGCAGCUUAAUAUGACACAAGGUAUUCUUGAAGGGGUGGUUGGUGAAGAGCUCGGUGUUCUUCCUGGUAUGGAUUCUAUAUUUUCUUCUUUGGAACUUGAACGUCUCGUGGGAUUCUUCGUGUCUCAGAGGAAGGGUGGGAAAGCAAAGUAUGACAUAGUUGUCUAUGAUGGUAUAAACACUGAAGAAACUAUACGUAUGAUAGGUGCUACCAGUAAAGCGAGAUUGUACUUGAAAUAUCUGAGGAUGCUGGCCGAAAAGACUGAUUUUGGGAGGGUAGCCGCGCCAUCUCUCUUGAGACUUGUGGACGAUGCCCUGAGUCUGAGUGGCAAUGCUGUCAAGCUAACUGGGAGAACGAGUUCGGAGAUAUGGGAUUACUUAGAACAAACAUUGGAGAAAGGGUCUUCUAUCUUUGCAGAGCCUCAUAAAUUUGGCUGCUAUCUUGUGAUGAACCCUGAUAAUCCUAUAUCACUGAAUUCUGCAUCGCGCUACUGGGGUUGCGCGAUUCAAGCUGGUGCACAAAUAUCCGGUGCAUUUGGCAUACCUACUCAAAAUUCCCCGAUGACAUUGGCUGAAGCUGUCAAGUUCAGCUUUGCGCCGUUGCCUUGUGCUCUCAUUCCACAUCUCAAAUUCAGCGACCACCUCCACUGGAAUGAGAUCAUGGCUAGUGAUGACACUAAACAUGCUAGAGAACUACUUUCAGACAGUAGCAACGAGAUGUUACCUUCAGUGACAUUUGAUAUGUCCAAUAAAUCUGUGAAUCUAUUCAUGCCAGGUUUUGACAAGUCAGAGAUCAAGCUAUUCCAAUUUAGGGGUGGAUUGGAGCUGGUGGUAGAAGCAGGCGAUCAAAGGCGCGUUGUUCGUCUUCCUCGUCAAAUUCAGGGGAAGGUGGGAGGUGCCAAAUUUGUUGAUAGGAGACUUGUGAUUACAAUGCGGUAGUUGUGCACCUUCUUGUUCUUGUUCUUGUUCUUGUAGGAGUAGUAUUGUUAUGCAAGAGCUCACACUUUGUGUAUGUACUUUGAGGCACAACACAAACAAUACGAUACGACGUUAUCAACAA